AUGAGUGAAAAAUUGAAAUACUCGCUGAAUGGAGCUCUUAGAUACGAUGACUUUGCGGAACGUGUAGACGACAAUGAUUUCCCGAGAAUUCGACUAGAAAAUGCGGGAGGAGUUUUGUGGUAUUGUGUUCUGGUUAAGUAUGAGAAGGACGGUGAAUCGUAUUGCUAUUUGAAAAUUUAUCAUCGAGUUAGAGAUCUGAAGAAUAACUAUAAUGUCAAUGCAUUCUUCAAUAUUCGGAACACAAACGGACAGUUGGAAAAUAAAUACAAACGAAUAAUAUCUGGUGUUGUGAAUCUUGAUAAGCCUGUGAGAGGGUGCAGUAUAAAAAUUGAAGAUCUGCUGGAUGAAAAGAAUGGAUACUUGAAAAAUGGAGCACUGACAGUGGAAUAUGGAUUUCAAGUGGAGUCUAUUAAGGUUGAUGGAAUAUGGUCAUUCAAUUUUCAUGAUAAAUGGUACGACAGUAAGAAUAAGAAGAGAGAAAUGAUCGAUGUUCAAUACUUUGGCAAAAGCUUUUAUGCGCAUAAAGGACUUUUGAAAUUUCAUGGAUUACCGAUAGAAUCAUCAGAUGCAUUAUUCGAUGUCGAUUAUGAGGUUGUCGGCAGUUUUAUUAUUGAUUUUUGUCUUCAAGUUGCUCAUGGAGCUCGUCUUCCUCUUCCCAGACAAUGGUACGAAGUCAUGCAAGCCGGUAACAUUGCAAGUUCCAGAUUGAAACUUCCAAACGUUAUCCGUUACUGCGAGCGACAAUUAAUCGAGACAACCUUCAGAUCAAUUCCCGAUCACAUGAAAUUCAGAAUAGCAAUGCGUUUCAAUAUGAAUCAUUUGUUGCUACAUGUGUUGAAGAAGUCACCACUGGAGUUUUUGAAGUAUCAUUUGCUGGAUCACGAUUAUACAAACAUGUCGUCUGAAAUGUUGAAGACAUGCACUAAAUGUUUGUUUGAUAGCAUUUGA